AGGAUGUUGAUGCAUUACUGUGCGUAAUGUUAGACGGGCCACCGGUGUUGUUCAUUUGGUGUUCACCUCAUUUUGUAUGCGUCCACUCGCCCCACCAUCAGCUUAUUUCAGGUGCGGCGUUAUCGGAUAUUCAGACUCGCUUUAUGGAGCAGUGCCAUGUAGCCCAAUAAUAAGGUACUGCAGGUUGGUUUCAUCAACACAUACUUGAGUUCUGCGCAGAGAGCAUCUUGCCUGUUCCUUUGGUCAGUUGGACCUUCUUCGGGUAAGGCAUUGUAUUAUUUUAUCUUUUGCUAGUUUAGUAGCAGGAAAAUUGAUGUCGUGGUUUGUUUACAUUGGUUAUAUAGAAGAUUUGAACAUAUUUUAAAACGUUGUCAAAGAUGCAUGCAAAGUUAUUGGAUUAUUGUAGCCAAGAGAGUGAUUAUAAGGAGAAGAUAUACUUAUGUCGUAGUGGUAUGUGGAGAUUAUGAGGAGAAUUUAAACUUGUGUCGUAGUGGUAUGUGGAGAUUAUGAGGAGAAUUUAUACUUGUGUCGUAGUAACAAGCAGAUGUCAUUAAAACUGAUUAUGUCAGCGAGUUGCCUCCUCCUGUCAAUCAACGUUAUAUAUAUAUAUAUAUAUAUAUAUACCAGAUCCAAAUUUGGAAGGUUCCAGAUGCCAUACACACACAAACACCAUACAUACACACACACACAUACACAGACAGUGUGAAAGCAAACGCUAGAAUGUGUCUGGGUUAUUUCAAUAGGCCAGGUGAAGUCAAACAGCGCGUUCCUAUUAGAUCGUCUUUGAAUCAUGUAGCAUUAUAGAAACGUUAAUAUAUAAUAUAUAUAUUUGAACACACAGCGCCUGAUGUUUGACGUGUUGUUUCCACAAUCCUAUUUAGGUCUACAGACGUAAGGCGAGCCAUGGACUCAAGUGUCUCCCUCCAGGUGGAGGACUACGUCGUCAUAGCUGUGACCCUGCUUGUACCCCUGGGGAUAGGUGUGUUGUUCGCCGUCAGAGACGCCAACAAGGCCACCAGAGACGUGUACCUGCUGGGGGAGAGGAGGAUGUCACUGUUCCCCGUUACCUUGUCACUCUUCGCCACCUACGUGGUAAAUCUAACAGCUUUAGACAUCUCACUGUUCCCUGUUACCUUGUCACUCUUCGCCACCUAAGUGGUAAUCAACAACUUUAGACAUCUCCUCGCUAGGACGUAUCAGCACGUGUGUGUAGUUCCAUAAUGAAUUAUUUCAUGACGCGACAAGAUGUCCAAUCAUUAACAUGGCACUGUGGUUUGAACAAUAAUAAGUUAUCACAAUAAAACCCCGAAGUAUUAAAAAAGCGAUGUUUGAAAUCUUCAGUUGUAAUGUUAGGUGCGCACUUUGAAACACUGGCUUCAAUUAAACCCCGAAAAAUUAUUUUAAAAAAGCGAUGUUCGAAAUCUACAUUUGUAAUGUUAGGUGCGCACUUUGAAACACUGACUUAAAAAAAAACUUUAAUACAAUUAUUAUUUCAUCUGGUUAUCCUUCAAGGGGCACACGCUCUGGUCGGCUUAUAUUGACUUUGAAAUGUUUAAUAGGCUCUGGUAACUAUGACAAUAAUAACAUGUUUGAAAUAAACAUGCAGUAGAACAAAAAAUAACAAGAUGGAACACACUCCCACAAACACGAAAUAACUCAAACCAAAUGACUUCAAUUCAGACCAACAACUUUCAGGUAAAAAAUGUAAUUUUACAGCUUCGUCGAGAGUAUCGUCCAAGCGAAAUGACCACGUGAUCAUAUAAAAAUUGAUUAUUUUAUCUGUCUUUAUUUGGUUAAAUGCCCGAACACAUUUUUGAUUCGAUUUUUUCCCUAUUGAAUCAAAACCAUGCGACACAACAGUGAACUUUUCUUGACACAAUAGUGAAUAUUUCUCGACACAAUAGUGAACAUUUCUCGACACAAUAGUGAACAAUUCACGACACAAUAGUGAACAUUUCAGGACACAAUAGUGAACAUUCCUCGACACAAUAGUGAACAUUUCAGGACACAAUAGUGAACAUUUCAGGAAACAAUAAAGAACAUUUCAGGACACAAUAGUGAACAUUUCAGGACACAAUAGUGAACAUUUCAGGACACAAUAGUGAACAUUUCAGGACACAAUAGUGAACAUUUCAGGACACAAUAAUGAACAUUUCAGGACACAAUAGUGAACAUUUCAGGACACAAUAGUGAACAUUUCAGGACACAAUAGUGAACAUUUCAGGACACAAUAGUAAAAAUUUCACGACACAAUAGUGAACAUUCCUCCACACAAUAGUGAACAUUUCAGAACACAAUAGUGAACAUUUCAGGACACAAUAGUGAACAUUCCUCCACACAAUAGUGAACAUUUCAGGACACAAUAGUGAACAUUUCAGGACACAAUAGUGAACAUUUCAGGACAUAAUAGUGAAAUUUCAGGACACAAUAGUGAACAUUUCACGACACAAUAGUGACCAUUCCUCGACACACGAGCUUUUGAGCCACCUAUUGAAGACUAAUGAUUAAAUAUAAAUAAUUAAAAUAACCUGUCCAUUUAACGAGGCAUGGUCAAUUUUUUUUCUCCAGUCUGCUAUUUCCCUGAUGGGCUCCCCCACUGAUAUCUACACCUAUGGAAGCAUGUUUAUCAUUAUACACGUGGGAUUCGGCAUCGCCUUUAUGAUUGGGGCCUUCACGAUGGUUCCCCUGAUGCACCCCCUCCGUGUCACAAGCAUCUACGAAUAUCUUCAGAAGCGGUUCAACUCCACCACAGUCCGGGUCUUCAGUGUGACCGUUGGCAUGUUGACCACC